AACAUGAACGUAACUGACUACUUUGCCACUUUCGCCGUUGUUCUGACUCAGUCAUGUCGAACAACAGCGCCGCCAACAGCAGUCUGGUCAUCGCCCAGAAGGCGGUGAAACAGCUUCGGCUCGAGGCCAGUGUCCGUCGGAUAAAGGUUUCUCAGGCUGCUGCAGAACUGAAGACCUUCUGUUUGCAAAAUGCCCACAAGGACCCUCUCCUCACCGGGGUGCCCUCCAGCGAUAACCCGUUCAGGCCUCCCAAGUCAUGUGUCCUCCUCUGACGCUGGCUGUGAAGAAGCGCAAAAAAAUUCAAACGGACGCCUGAUUCCAUUGUGGAUUUCUGUCAUGUGCCUCAUCUGACUCUGGGGAUGAGGAAAGCCAAGACCACACACACACACACACACACACACACACACACACACACACACACACACACACACACACACACACUGGAGCAGCUCAAGAAUGAUGCUGAAAAUUUUAGCUGAAAAUUUAAGUAAAUGCAGUGUUCUUAUUGUAACAGGGUAUAGUGUUAUUGCUCUUUUCAGGGUUCAGAGGUGUGUGGUAGAUUUAGGUUUACUUGAUGUAGAACAUCAGAUUUUACAGUAGAACUAUACUUUAUUCAUUGGUUGAUAUUGGAUAAAAAUUACGUGAGAAUCCUAUAAAUGUCUCAUUGGGAUGUCAAAUUUCGAUUUGAUUUAUGUAUUACUAUUUAUGUCCAAAUACCCAAAGCAGAUCUAAAAAGAAAAAUUGGAUUCCAUGCUGUUGUGGUUUUUUGUAUAUGUUAAAAUUGGGUGUUUAACACCACCAGAAAGCACGGGGUGUCCAUAAUUCUAAAGUGUUCUAUUAACCAUCAGAUGUUUAUGAAAUAUUGAUUCCUGUCAUUUAUUGAGACCUUUAAAUGUCUGUUGUCAUGAGUUUAGUGCGCGCUGGCGUGCUUUAUACAUUGGCAAAACACAAUGUAUAAAGCAAAAGAAACCAUUGGUAAGGUAAAGAGGGAGUAUGGAAAACCUGAAAAAGCUGUUGUAAAUUGAUGGGUUAUUGCUGAUCUUGUUGCCCACAGAGUGAAUACCCGGUACAUUUCAUACGCUUCAAAAAUCUCAUCUUAUUAUUUGUCAUUAAAAGUCACCAUGUGUCUGUUUCUGUCAUCUGUCUCUGAAGCUGUAUCCGGCAUGAAUUUUGCAUCUUAGUUUAAAACAAAUACCAACAAUUGCAUUUUUUCCCUGGUAUAUAAAAU